AUGGAGGAAGAAUUGAGAUUGACUCAAGUAACCGAACUGAACGAUGAUGAUUGUGAAGAGAAAAGUGAAAAAGGUGACAUAAGAAAUGUCCCAAAAGGGAUUUUGAAAGAAUUUAUUGAGACUUAUAGAGCUCAUCCAGCUUUGUGGCAGAUACAGAAUAAAGAACUAUACCAAAACCGUAAUUUAAAAAAUAAAGGCUACUUGGAAUUGCUAAAGAUUUGGAGAAAGUACGAUUCACAUGCUGACCACAAAACAGUAAAACAAAAAAUUCAAUCAAUUAGAGGAUCCUUCCGCAAAGAAUUUAAAAAGGUCGAAAAGUCAAAGCGAUCAGGCAGAGGUGUUGACGAACAUUAUAAAUCACAUUUGUGGUAUUUCAAGUUAUUGAUGUUUUUAGUAGAUCAUGAACUACCAACCAGUAGUUGUGACAACAUCAAUGAGUCAACAAAUAGCCCAUUUCAAGAACCUGUGGAGGAAAUAGACGAGCCCAACGAAGGCAAUGAAACCAACGAAGGAAUAGCACAUAAUGUAGAGUCAGUGGUUAAUACUAAUAUUAACACCAACAACAAGAGAUAUAGGAAUGCAGACGGUCAUAGCCCUGCACAAAACAAAAAAAUCUGUGAAGACAGGGAGCGGAAAUUAUUUCUUGCAAAGUGUACUGAGGCACUAAACUCCAAACCAACAGAAAAUGAUGCCCUGGGUCAAUACAUAAGUGCAAAAUUGGAAAAAGUCGUAAACCCAGAACAAAAGAUGUAUGCUGAAGCAUUGCUAACUAAAGUACUUAAUAAGGCAAUAAUGGGUCAAUUGAAUGAAUUCGUAGAUGUAACCUACAGUAAUGUAGGACUUUAUCCUUCUAAUAAUUUUUCUCAUGUGUCGCCAGGGUCCUCGGCCCAUUCCUCAUUAGCGUCUAAUUCCUUUCCGUCUCCUUCCCUAUCAAACAAUUAUUCCACAGCGGAAUCUACUCCUGCUGAAAAUGUUAGCCCUAUGGGAGGUUUGCGAGCUUAUUUUUCCUCAGCAGGUCGUGAAUAA